AUGGGAUCCAUUGUGGUUGACCAACCCUACCGGCCGACGCCUGCCGAUAUCACCAUUGACAACCACAAACCAGGAGAUCUGUCAAAGAUCCUGUUCAAAAAUGUCCGUAUUCUAGACUCCACCGGGCGGGCUCCUUACGAUGGGAACGUAUUAAUCGAAGGAGAACGUAUCACCACCGUGGGCAAUGUCAGCGACGCAGCCGCCCGCGGUGCGUUGGUGAUAGACGGCGAAGGCAAGAAAACGCUAAUGUCUGGCUUGAUGGAUGCCCAUACACAUCUCAGCUUUAAUAAUUCACCUACUUUGGACGGGCUUACCAGCGCGCCACUCGAAGAACAUGUCCUAUCGACAGCUCAUUCGGCCAAGACCUACCUCGACUGCGGGUAUACGAUGUGUUUUGGCGCAGCAUCAGCUCAACCUCGGCUCGACAUCGCUAUCAAAGGUGCCAUAAAGUCCGGUAUGAUUCCAGGUCCACGCACCCUGGCGAACGCACCGGAGAUUACAACCACCGGGGGAGCAAUUGUACCCGGUAUCUCGCGCAAUGCAGACGGGCCGCACGAGAUGCGGAAGCAAGUUCGGGAGUUUAUCAUGCUCGGGGCGGACAACAUCAAGCUGAGCAUGAGUGGUGAUGACAUCCACCCAACAAUGCCGAGCACGGAAACGUAUUUCACUCUGGAAGAAACAGUUGCUGCAGUAGACGAGGCCCAUAACCGGGGUAAACGUGUCUGUGCACACGCGAGAAGUGCUCAGUCUGUCAAGUUUGCCCUCGAAGCUGGGGUUGACGUUAUUUAUCACGCCAGUUUCAUCGACGAAGAAGGAAUGGACAUGCUCGAGCAAAGGAAGGAACAUGUUUGGGUCGCUCCAGCUCUGAACUUCUUCUAUACCACAUGCACUGGCGAGGCAACUCCGUACGGUAUGACCGCGGAAGACGCAGCAAAGAAAGGUUUGAAGUACGAGGUGGACACAGCCUGCAAGGCGAUGCAAGAGAUGCACAAGCGGGGAAUUCGCGUCAUGCCCGGCGGUGACUAUGGCUUUGCCUGGGCUCCCCACGGGACGUACGCCAGAGAUCUGAAACAUCUGGUGGACUUGUUUGGCUAUAGUCCAAUGGAGAGCAUCAUUGCUGCAACUGCGUGGGGAGGGGAUAUGAUGGGCUACCCAGAGGCAUUGGGCAAGGUGGCACCAGGGUACUAUGCGGAUGUGAUUCUGGUGGAUGGAGACCCUCUGUCCGAUCUGGAGAUCUUGCAGAAACAGGAGAGAUUGCAUGCAAUUGUUAUUAAUGGUCAUAUCCAUAAACACAUUGUACCCUCUCAAGCUGUCUAUGCUUAA